UUAGGGCUCUUGCUUCCGGCGCGGCAUUAUUUGAGUGCGCUAUGGCGCUGCCUGCACUCUUCAGUGCGAGGCAUUGCUGGAAAUUCGCGAGCUGCUGGAAUCGGGGAGCUUCUCGCGCUAGGGCAGUGAGGUUUUGGGAUCAAAAGAAUCGCAGCAGCGGUAGAAUCAGCUGGAUUGGAGAGCGCUCGAUUCCCCGACGUUCUUGCUCGACGACGCGCGAAGAAAUGGCGGCAGUGAGCGUGCAGCAUUUGCACGACCCCGACUCGAUUUCCUAUCUCUCGCAAUCAUCGGCGAUCGGAAUUGACGAGCAUCUCAUGGGGCCGCUUGGAUUCAGUGUCGACCAGCUAAUGGAACUUGCUGGAUUGAGUGUUGCUUCGGCCAUAGCUGAGGUUUAUUCUUCUCUCGAUCACGCUCGUGUUUUACUGCUGUGUGGUCCUGGAAACAACGGUGGUGACGGACUGGUGGCCGCUCGCCAUCUCCAACAUUUUGGCUACAAACCAAGCAUUGUUUAUCCCAAGAGAACUGACAAGCCUCUUUACCACGGCCUCGUAACUCAACUUGAAAGCUUGUCUGUGCCGUUCCUGUCGCAUGAGGAUCUUCCCUCGGAGUUAAGCUCCGGUUACGAUAUUGUCGUGGAUGCGAUGUUCGGAUUUUCAUUCAAAGGAGUUCCAAGACCUCCUUUCGACAAGCUUGUACAGCUUUUGACGCGCACGCCAAAUGUAGUAUCGGUCGAUGUUCCAUCGGGCUGGCACGUUGAAGAGGGCGAUGUUAAUGGACUAGGCUUGAAUCCAGAUAUGCUGGUUUCUCUCACGGCUCCAAAGCUUUGUGCCAAAAUGUUUAAAGGUCCUCAUCAUUUUCUAGGUGGAAGAUUUGUUCCUCCUGCAGUGGUGAAUAAGUUUAACUUGAAGCUGCCGCCAUAUCCUGGAACUUCUCAAUGCGUGCGAAUCGGGAGGACACCCCACGUAGAUGUUGCGGCUCUGAGAGAGAACUAUGUUGGAUCCGUUCUGCUCGAGAAUCAAGUGAACUCAGAUCCCAUACAGCAGUUCAAAGAGUGGUUUGAAGAUGCCGUGGCUGCGGGAUUGCCAGAGCCAAAUGCCAUGACACUAGCAACCGCCGAUGCUGAAGGACGACCCUCUGCUCGGAUGGUUUUGUUGAAAGGCUACGAUGCUCGAGGGUUUGUUUGGUACACGAACUACGACAGUCGCAAAGCAAACGAACUCAACUCCAAUCCUAAUGCGUCGCUCGUGUUUUUUUGGGACAGGCUUCAUCGCCAGGUCCGUGUGGAGGGCGACGUGUCGCCCGUGUCCCGAGAAGAAUCCGAUGACUAUUUUCACAGCCGACCAAGAGAAAGUCAAAUUGGAGCACUCGUAAGCUCACAGAGCGCUGUGAUUUCCGGGAGGCACAUUCUGGACGAGUCUUAUGAGCAGCUGGUCGCAAAGUAUGCGGACAGGAGCUUAGCGAUUCCAAGGCCGGAGCACUGGGGUGGAUUUAGAUUGGCUCCGCGUGCCAUAGAAUUCUGGCAGGGUCGAGAGUCUCGCCUUCACGACAGGAUUCGUUUCACAAGACUAGCAAAUUCCAGCGAGUGGAAGAUAGAGCGAUUGUCACCAUAAGAGAAUCUCUAUCAUCUCAAUCAGGACAAUAGAGAAAUCGAUAUACACGUUUAAGUUUAAUGGUCAAGUCAAUAGGAAUA